UGGGCAGCCUAGUUUGGCUUCUCCUCCCCUGCAUGGCCCAGCAGCGCUAGCAGCAGCAGCAGCAGCAGCAGCCUCCUCCGCCGGGAUAGAGCCAGCAGCAGCUUCCCCAGGAUGAUGAGCGCCCAGUCCCCGCUGCAGCAACAGCAGCCAUCGCCUCCUCCUCCUCCUCCUGCAGCCGAAGCCUCAGGCGAGAGGGAGCCUCUGCCCCCCGGGUGGGAGGUCAAGAUCGACCCCCAGACCGGCUGGCCCUUCUUUGUGGAUCAUAACAGCCGCACCACCACCUGGAACGACCCCAGGAUGCUGCUCCUGCACCAGCAGCACCAGCAGCAGGGAGACCGCCUCCAGGAAGGCCAAUCAGCAAAUGGUCCAUCUCGAAAUAGUCCAAAUCAGUCCCAAGCAAGAGACGGAAACAUGGGAUACCCAAAGCUUCGUGCUGGUUACAUCCCCAUUCCAGUAAUACAUGAAGGUUCAGACAACAGGCAGCAGCAUUCAUAUUAUUCUGGCUAUCAGCCUGGAAUGCAGCGAGUAAAGGCAGAAACCAUUCCUUCCACAAUGCGAGCCCCAUCACCUCUAAGAGGAAAUUUUGUCCGUUCACAGUCCCCAGUUAGGGGAACUGCAGAAGGUGCCCAGGCAGAUAAACAAUGUGGACAGACAACAACAGCUGCACCAACACAAGUUCCCUCCUCACAUGGAUCUGAGCAGCCUCCAUCAACUGCACCUUCUGAAUCACCAACCAUGUCCCCUCAGCCAUCAGGGAGGCCUAGCUCAGGAAGCCACCAACUCCCUCGUGGAUAUAUUCCUAUCCCUGUCAUCCAUGAGGGAAAUGUUCCAAGACAACCAUCACAGGCCUAUCAUCAAGCACAGAAGACACAUUAUCCAGCUCAGCAGAGUGAUUACCAAGCCCACCAACCAGUGUACCAUCAAAUCCAGGUUGAUAAUGUGGAUCAGAAGCCCCAAAGGGCGCAGUCCCCAUUUAGGGUAUCACAGAAAGGCUCAGGAAGUCGUGAAAGUUCACCAGGCAGAGUCCAGUCUCCAACUCCUAUCAGAGUACAAUCAGUCAAACCUCAAGUUUCUCAGCAACAAGUGCCAACCCAAGCAUCAGUACCAACUUUACCACCUGAUGCCAAGUUUGAAAACAAGACAGGCCUGCAGGGAAAAGAGAUUCCUGCUUCUUCCAUCCCCAUUCAAGUAAUCCGUACAGAUGCAGAUACUAAGCCAUCCCCACAAAAACCACCUCCCACAACAGAAAAUGUUGAUAAAAAGAUUCCUUGCCCUGCUAAAGCAGCUCCUGUAGAAGAGAGAUCUUUCCCCCAAGAAAAUGAACCACAGAAAACUUCAGAGGCAGAAGAGCCUCAAAAACAUCCAGGACUUUUGAAAGUUGAAGCUGUUCUAAAUAGAGUACAAUCACUGGAGCAGGCAGUUGAUUCUUUUCAAGGGAAGAAGAAUGACAAAAAAUACCUAAUGAUAGAAGAAUAUUUGACCAAAGAGCUCCUAGCCUUGGACUCUGUGGACCCUGAGGGUCGUCCUGAUGUUCGACAGGCCAGGAGAGAUGGUGUAAGAAAAGUCCAGAAUAUAUUGGAAAGACUUGAACAGAAAGCAGAAGAUGUCCCAGAGCCUUAUCAAGGGGAUGGUCCCCAGUCACCCUUGCCUAAGAAUACUUCAUCAUCACAGGAAAAAAUUGAUGUGGAUCCUAAGGUGGAAAACCUUACUAAGGAUACAAGUAAUAAAAAUGACAAGGAACAAAUCAAAGUGGAAAUGGAACAACCUGGAUCUAAGGAAGGAGUAGUCACCAGUCUUGCUAAAGAAACAAACACAUCUGAAAGUGUAACUCAACCAUAGCCACAGGCAAAAAUUAAAAGUCCUUGGACUCUUUAAGUUAAAGUGUGUGUUAAGUGAAUUUUAACUUGCAUGAAUUCAGGAGCUUUGCACCAAUUGGUUUUUAAUCAACAUAGCAGCUUGGAACACUAAACAUUCAGGUGAGGGAGGUGUGGAGGCAUAAGAAAAAUACAUUUAGCCUAUAUUGUGUAUAUUGCUCAGAGAAUGUGUUCAAAUAAUAUCUUGUAAAAAAAUGGAAGCCAACUCAGUGGGGGGGGGGGGGGGAAUAAUUGGGUUAAUAUUGACAAAUAUAGUGACUAAUGUAAACUGUAUUACCUACCCACAUCAGGAUAGUAUUUUUUUAAAAGACACUCUUAAAGGAGGAAAUUGUUUUUACCAUUAGGCACUUUAAAAUAACAAUGCCUUGAAAGUGUGUUAAGAAAAUAAAGGGAUAUUUAUAUGUGUUCAGAACUUUAGUGCUAUAUUUUAAAUGGGAAAAGAAAUAAAAUCCUGUAGAAACCCGA